AGGCGCAGUGACGAUAGGAUGGCGGAGACAGUGCCUUUUGUGGUUCCAACCGAGAGUGACAAAACCUUGCUAGUUUGGGAGCUGAAUUCUGGACCUACGCCCGAGGCUUUGCGUCAUUCUCUGUACACAGUGUUCUCUCAAUUUGGCCUUCUGUAUUCAGUUCGGGUCUUUCCAAAUGCUGCAGUGGCCCGUCCUGGUUUCUAUGCCAUCAUCAAGUUUUAUUCUGCAAGGGAUGCCCACAGAGCCCAAAAGACAUGCGACCAGAAGCAACUUUUCCAGGAAUCUCCAGUGAAGGUUCGUCUUGGCACCAGGCAUAGGGCAGUUCAACAUCAGGCUCUUGCCCUAAACAGCUUCCAAUGCCAAGAACUGGCAAAUUACUACUUUGGUUUCAAUGGAUGGUCAAAAAGGAUCAUUAAGCUUCAGGAGCUUUCUGACGUUGAAGAAAGGGAAAAUGAAGAUACUGUGACACCACUUCAGAAGCAAAGCCUGAAGUUUUUCUGUGCUUUAGAGGUGCUGCUGCCAUUCUAUGAGUGCAGGAGUCUUGGAGUUGGUGUGGCCGAAGAGCCUGUACAUAACCUGGAGGAAGGACCAUUAUCAUUCCUUAUGAAAAGGAAGACAGCUCAGAGGCUUGCUAUUCAGAAAGCUUUGUCAGAUGCAUUCCAGAAACUAUUGAUUGUGGUUUUAGAAACUGGUAAAAUAGCUGUGGAGUAUAGACCCAGUGAAGAGAUCACAGAUGUCAGAAGUGAAGAAGAACUACAUGAUUUAAUUCAAGUCAAUUGUGUUUCUUGGAAGCAGUACUGCCAGGGGGAAGAAGAAUAUCUCUCGGAUUUCAGCUUGGAGGAAGACGAGUUCAGGCUGCCAGAAUUGAACUAG